AUUCUUCAGAAGUCAACCCGAAACAUGACCGGCGUUCAGACCAUGAAACAAACCGUCAUAUGACUGGUUUGGUACCCACAAGAAAACACGUCAAGGCGGGGGAAAGAAUCAUCAUUGUUGGUGGUGGUGCUGCUAUUCGGAGGAAACCAAGGCAACAACAUAUUGUCCGAUGACUUCAGAUUGCCGGGACCGUUUACUUAUCUGUGGCUCCAGGUUUAUUGUUGUCAUCACGGGCCCGUCUUCGCCGAUGAAAUGAAAGAAUGGCCAAGCGGCGAGAUGCGGACGAGGAAAGCGGCGAGCUGCUCGACCCUGCUGUGGUCCGGCAAGAAGAUCCGCUGUAUUCCCGACUUGCAAAAAUGGACGGAAUGGAGGAAAGAGGUGGAGAUGAACUGAGUUUGGAGGAGAUUUUAAUGCUAUACAGCCAACCGAUAAAUGAGGAGCAGGCUUGGGCAGUAUGUUACCAAUGCUGCAUAAACCUGUGUAAGGGACAUAGAAGCAGGCGUUUUUCUGCAGGGAUAUCAGCAGUGGAUACUGCGAAAAUAAUUGAGGGACCACGGGAUGUUAAGAUUCAGAAAGACGGAGCUGUCAAAUUGCAAUACGAAGGCUGUGAUGGUAAAUCCAUCCCAGCCACAUCAACAGAGGUGAUUGAGUCUCUGGGCAUUAUGAUCUACAAGGCGUUGGACUACGGUCUGAAAGAGAGUGAGGAGAGGGAGCUCAGUCCUCCCCUGGAGCAGCUCAUAGACCUCAUGACCAACAUGGGUGAGACAGAGAGAGACGCCUGCUCUGACGAAGGUUACGAGGCCACUGAGGAAGAGGAGGAGGCCGAAGACGACCCCAUCAACAUCUGUAACGUCCGUGGCUACCGGGAAAUCCUCAGGCUAUGUGUGGCCCAUCUUCCCAGCCCUGGUGAUGCCCCCAGCCACUACCAGGCUGUGUGUAGAGCCCUCUAUGCUGAGACCAGGGAGCUACGCACCUUCCUGGAGAAAAUCAGGAGUGCCAAAGAGAACCUUCGGAAGAUGGGUGGUGAAGCAUCUGAAGAUCCCAGCAGAGACCUGAAUGAGCUGCAGAAUGCAGACUGGGCUAAGUUCUGGAUGCAGGUGAUGGGGGACCUGCGUAACGGGGUGAAGCUGAAGAAGGUCCAGGAGCGCCAGUACAAUCCUCUGGCCAUAGAGUUCCAGCUCACACCAUAUGAGAUGUUAAUGGAUGACAUCCGCUCCAAACGCUACAAACUUCGCAAGGUCAUGGUAAACAAUGACAUUCCACCAAGGUUGAAGAAGAGCGCCCAUGAGGUCAUCCUUGACUUCAUCCGGUCCAGGCCUCCUCUCAACCCUGCAGCAGCCAGGAAGCUGAAGCCCCAGCCUCAAGUUCCUCCCACCCUGCAUGAGAGGAUCCUAGAUGAGAUCAAAUCUGAGAGGAAACUGAGACCUGUCUCUCCUGAUGUGAUUCGCAGGAGUAGACUGGGUGGAGGCAUAUACCACAGCACUCCACAGUUGCUCCUUUCACGUCAAGAUGUGUCCAGCCCCGACGGACGCAGGAAGACAUCCAGCACCAUGACCCUCAGCACUCUGUCCAAUGGGGGACUUGGUACACCAGGGGGUGGCGCCCAGGCCCUCUCUCAAAGGCGACGGCUGAAAGCACCCACCCUGGCAGAACUGGACAGCUCUGACUCGGACGAUGACACAACAAUCACGGGUCAGAGGUCAGCCAGUAGCUCCAGUGUCUGUACGUCGGCGGUGGACGACACGUCUCCAGAGUCUGUACUGGGCAAGAAGACUCCACCCAUGUUCCUACCCAUUUCCUCCACCCCUCAGCCUGAGAGAAGGCAGGCACCUCAGAGGAGACACUCCAUUGAGAAGGAGACGCCCACUAACGUUCGUCAGUUCAUCCCACCAUCCAGACAGAGCUCCAAGUCUCUGGUCAGGAAGAUAUUUCCCUGGACACCCCUCCUCUUGCAUCCCCUUCCUUUCUCUCUUCCCCCAUUACGGAGCGUCCACCCUGUCGAGGUGUUUGUCUUGGGCCUGCUGUGGUCUGUCCUGUCUGCCCUGUGCAGGCGUAUUCACAACAGUGGACGAAAGCCUGUCAAGGUUGGCCCUAAUGUCCACCGUAUGUCCCAUCUGGUAUGCCAUGGCCAAUCAUUUUCUUCCUAUGCUUUCUGGUUUCCUAGAAGUCAUCCCAUAACCCCUCCCACUGCUUCCAGGACUGUGGCUGUUUUCAUAGGAACCCCUCUAGUGUAGGUUUGCGCACCAUCCUGCCUUUUGAAAGUCAACUGCAGACUCCCUGGAGCACCUCAUCAUACUCAGCUCUACUUCAUUUAGCCAUAGUUGUUGUGCUUGCCAGCGUCAUGUAGACUAGCUAGCCACUGUCAAUGAAAACACUGCUUUAGCUAGAUCGGUUCUUACUGUUUUGUAUCCUAUAUAAUCAGUGCUGUUGUUCAGUAGCAACUAUAAACCAUUAUCUUUCAGUUGGCUGAUUCUCCCUAGGCGCUCCCCACCCUUCUCUCUUCUCCAGGACCAGAGACAAUGCAGUACUCUGUAUCGCUGUGUGUCAUAAGAUCAGCAGCAGUCCCAGCAGCAUUACAGAGUUACACUAUAUUAUAGCUACUUCUGGGAGCGACAAACAUUCUUAGCGCGUGCUAAGAAAACCUUUGUGAAAAAUUAUUGGAACAGCAUCAGGGAGACCAGUGAUUGCAGCAACAGGACUGCUGAGGAAAGCCUGUCCUUCAGACCCACGGCAGACUGAUUUAUGUAGUGCAGAAGUAGAUAGAAAGAAGAGGAAAGCCAACCACAGUUGCAUAUCACAGGGGCCUGGUGGGUUGUAAGAUUAACUGGAUGGUUAAGGCAAUCAGAAUCAGGUAAAGGGAUUCUGGAAUUUUCUGGAAUAUUCAAAUUACUUCCUGUCACUGCUGUUGUUUUCUGGUUCUGUGCCCUCUGUGCUAUUUUUUGUCCCGUCGACUUGCUGGGCGCACAAUGGAGACUUUUUAGUCCAAUCCUGGACAGAGUGUACCAACAAGUGCCGGUGUGUGUGGACAGAAUGGUAACAAGAGUGUUUUGUGUGGUUGUCAUAGUAACCCGGGCGGCCCUGUGCGUGUUUUCAGGAGGAGUUCUGUUUCCCGGUAGAGUGCUUGUCCCUGACGGUGGAAGA